AGCUUGUAAAUCAUUAUCUUUACAGUGCAGGCUUUUAAUUCCCACAAGAUAAAAGGAACAUUUUAGAGAGAGAGAGAGAGAGGUGUUUUAUUGGGUCCCUGCCGUCGUGGGUGGGAGAGGCCCCACACACCGCCCAUGGCGAUGCGCACGCUGUCUUACCAAAGCUGAAAACCCAAGGCCAUCAUCAUCCAUCCGAUGCCUAGACCUAACCCUAACCCAACAUCACUAUACCCCCCUAAAAAUAAAGCAAUAAUCAAAAGAAUCCCCCCAAACCCAAACCCAUAAACCACUUCUUCGCCCCCCCCCCCAACCAUCCCACCCUCCUUCUCUUCCUCAUUUCCUCCCAAACCCUUGACCAAUAACUUAUCUUUUUACGACAAAGGGGUUAUCACUGCCAAAACUGCCUAAGAAAAACGAACUAUCUCUGCGGAUUGAAGAAAUCAAGAAAGAUGGCUUGAUUCAGCUAUUUUCAGCUGAAAAUUUGGUUGGAACUUUGAAGGGAAGAAAAGAAAUGGACCCAGUCACAGCUCAUGGCCGCCCUGUUCCUCCUCCUUUCCUCCCAAGAGAUCUUCAUCUAAAUCCGCACCAUCAAUUCUUGCAUCACCGCCAACAAUAUAACUCAGAAGACGAGCCCAACCGUGGCCAGAAACGAGAUCGACAAGAAGCAGCAGCAACCACCACGACCAACACGAGUGAAAGCAAAGAAGUAGCCAUAAAUGAAGGUGAAAUCACAAGAAAACCACGAGGCAGACCUGCGGGUUCCAAGAACAAGCCUAAGCCACCGAUCAUAAUAACCCGUGAUAGUGCAAAUGCCCUCCGAUCCCAUGUUAUGGAGAUUGCCAACGGCUCUGAUGUUAUAGAGACUGUUUCGACUUUUGCUAGGCGAAGACAAAGAGGUGUUUGCAUUUUGAGUGGGAACGGAACGGUAUCAAAUGUAACCUUAAGGCAACCUGGAGCUCCCGGUGCCGUCGUCACUUUACAUGGAAGAUUCGAAAUUUUAUCACUUUCUGGGUCGUUUUUACCUCCUCCAGCACCAUCGGCCGCAUCAUGUUUGACAAUAUAUUUAGCCGGCGCUCAAGGCCAAGUAGUCGGAGGAACCGUGGUGGGUCCACUUGCUGCUUCAGGUCCGGUGGUUAUUAUGGUGGCUUCUUUCGGUAAUGCAGCGUAUGAAAGGCUUCCCUUGGAGGAAGAGGAACAGCCAGUGGAGCCGACUCCUGAAAGCGGAUCCGUAGGGUCACCGAUAAGCAUGGUUGGUCAACAGCAACAGCAACUAUUGCAGGAUCCCAACGGAUCCUUUGUUCAAGGAUUGCCACCAAAUCUUCUAAAUUCAGUCCAAUUGCCAGCUGAGGCUUACUGGGGCACAGGUCGUCCCCCUUAUUAACAUAAGCACAACGUUUCGGGUUCUUUUCCCUUCCAUUCAUCUUCUUCCAUAAGAUAAUAUUCAAGUUUUAAUUAUAAGUCUUGAUCAUGGGAUUCAUCGGGCUUUGAUUUGAACAAGUAUGCACAAUCUCAUGGGUUUCUCCCUGGUGGGGUUUCUUGUUUUCCCUUUUCAGUAGUAUGAGAAUAGCCGUUCUCAAUUGUUCUUCUGAUUCUAGUAUCUUAACGAUGAAGAAGCACCGAAACAGAAUAUGGCAGUCGUUUCUCAGUUUCUCUCUCCAUUACUUUUAAACUUGUCAGAGAAUUGUUCUUUGUACAAUAAAUAAAAAUAAAAAAAGGACACCUUUUUUUUA